CACCGUACUGUUACUGAGGAGCCCUGUCCCAAUCCCUCAGACAACGUGCUGCUGCGGCCUUCGGUGCGCCAGUACCCGGAUGUGGCGCCGCUCUCGCCCGGCGGAGACUCUGUUGCUGGGCGGAGCGCGGCGGCGUGCGCGGGGGCAGCGAGAAGGGGGCCCCUGGGCCCGGGCGCUCGCCGGGCGCCGGCAGGUACCAUCACUGCCCACGGGGGAGGAGGCGGCGCCGGCGAUCGGGCGUCCACCCCGGAGCGAGGGCCCAGGGGAGAAAAUAGGCCGGCAGUUAAGCUUGUUCCCCGCCGCCCGCGCCGUCUCCCCGGGGUUAACCUCCCCCGGCCCCCUGUGCUCCCCGCGCUCCCGGUCGGGGGAGAGCGUGGUCUCCUGGCGGCCGUCGCUGUAGCCCGGCCGGGGAGCCCGGAGGAAGCGGGGGAGUCCCCGCCCACGGCCCCCUCCUUUCUGCCCGCCCGCCGCGGCCGCCGCCGCCUCGGAGCUGCUGCAGUCCGGCCUUCAGUCCGAGCGGGGGGCGCGGCGGCGACGGCUGGGGAGCGGCUUUGGGCUCGGCGGGGACCGCGCCGCCGCCCCCGUGAGUUAUUCUCACGUCCCCCGGGGCUCGCUGCCGCCCCCGCCGGCGCCGAGAGUCCGGCCCGGGCCCAACUCCCUCACGGGUCCCCCGGCGGCGGCGGCGGCGGCGGCGGCGGAGCCCACCGCUCGGGCCCCGAUGAGUAACUCCAGGAAUAACCGGGUGAUGGUGGAAGGGGUCGGGGCCCGAGUCGUGCGCGGCCCGGACUGGAAGUGGGGGAAGCAGGACGGCGGCGAGGGCCAUGUGGGCACGGUCCGGAGCUUCGAAAGUCCCGAGGAGGUGGUGGUGGUGUGGGACAACGGCACCGCCGCCAACUACCGCUGCUCCGGGGCCUACGACCUGCGUAUCCUGGACAGCGCGCCCACGGGCAUCAAGCAUGAUGGAACCAUGUGUGAUACCUGCCGCCAGCAACCAAUCAUUGGCAUUCGAUGGAAAUGUGCGGAGUGUACAAAUUAUGAUUUGUGCACAGUUUGUUACCAUGGAGAUAAACAUCAUUUAAGGCAUCGCUUUUAUAGAAUUACUACACCAGGGAGUGAGCGGGUUCUGUUAGAGUCUCGUAGAAAAUCUAAGAAGAUUACAGCCAGAGGGAUCUUUGCAGGUGCCAGAGUGGUACGAGGAGUGGACUGGCAGUGGGAAGAUCAGGAUGGAGGAAAUGGACGUAGGGGAAAGGUAACAGAAAUCCAAGACUGGAGUGCAUCAAGCCCACAUAGUGCGGCCUAUGUUCUCUGGGACAAUGGUGCUAAGAACCUUUACAGAGUUGGCUUUGAGGGCAUGUCUGACCUGAAGUGUGUCCAGGAUGCCAAAGGAGGUUCUUUCUACAGAGAUCAUUGUCCUGUGCUAGGUGAGCAGAAUGGCAACAGGAAUCCUGGUGGAUUGCAGAUUGGUGACCUGGUCAAUAUAGAUCUUGACCUAGAAAUUGUACAGUCUUUGCAGCACGGUCAUGGAGGAUGGACUGAUGGCAUGUUUGAGACUUUAACUACAACUGGAACUGUUUGUGGCAUUGAUGAAGAUCAUGACAUUGUAGUACAGUAUCCAAGUGGCAAUAGGUGGACCUUCAAUCCUGCUGUUCUCACUAAAGCGAACAUUGUCCGAAGUGGGGAUGCCGCUCAGGGUGCAGAAGGAGGCCCCUCACAGUUCCAAGUGGGUGAUCUUGUACAAGUUUGUUAUGACCUGGAAAGAAUUAAACUUCUACAGAGAGGACAUGGAGAAUGGGCUGAAGCUAUGCUCCCAACUUUAGGUAAAGUUGGCCGAGUACAACAAAUUUAUUCAGACAGUGAUUUAAAGGUGGAAGUCUGUGGAACAUCUUGGACGUAUAAUCCAGCAGCAGUUUCCAAGGUGGCAUCUGCAGGAUCAGCCAUUAGCAACGCAUCUGGUGAAAGACUCUCCCAACUCUUGAAGAAAUUAUUUGAAACCCAAGAAUCUGGUGACCUCAAUGAAGAAUUAGUUAAGGCUGCUGCCAAUGGAGAUGUUGCUAAAGUGGAAGAUUUGCUAAAAAGACCAGAUGUGGAUGUGAAUGGACAGUGUGCUGGUCACACAGCCAUGCAAGCUGCUAGUCAGAAUGGACAUGUUGACAUUUUGAAGUUACUUUUGAAGCAAAAUGUGGAUGUAGAAGCAGAGGAUAAAGAUGGAGAUAGAGCCGUUCACCAUGCAGCUUUUGGAGAUGAAGGUGCUGUUAUAGAAGUGCUGCACCGAGGCAGCGCUGAUCUGAAUGCACGAAACAAGCGCCGGCAGACACCACUUCAUAUUGCUGUCAAUAAAGGUCACCUUCAAGUGGUGAAGACUUUAUUGGACUUUGGCUGUCAUCCCAGUCUUCAGGAUUCUGAAGGUGAUACCCCUCUUCAUGAUGCAAUAAGUAAGAAACGUGAUGAUAUCCUGGCAGUUCUUCUGGAAGCUGGAGCAGAUGUUACCAUUACAAAUAAUAAUGGAUUUAAUGCUCUACACCAUGCUGCACUAAGAGGAAAUCCCAGUGCAAUGCGUGUUUUACUGUCGAAAUUACCAAGACCGUGGAUUGUGGAUGAGAAGAAAGAUGAUGGUUAUACUGCCUUGCAUCUGGCUGCCCUCAAUAAUCAUGUAGAAGUGGCUGAACUGUUGGUACAUCAGGGUAACGCAAACCUGGAUAUCCAGAAUGUGAACCAGCAGACUGCCCUACACCUUGCUGUUGAGCGGCAGCACACCCAGAUUGUGAGGCUUUUGGUCCGUGCAGGUGCCAAAUUAGAUAUUCAGGAUAAGGAUGGGGAUACUCCUUUGCAUGAAGCUCUGAGGCAUCACACUUUGUCUCAGCUACGUCAGCUUCAAGAUAUGCAAGAUGUGGGGAAGGUCGAUGCUGCCUGGGAGCCAUCCAAAAACACCUUAAUAAUGGGACUUGGUACCCAGGGAGCCGAGAAGAAGAGUGCAGCAUCUAUUGCCUGUUUUUUGGCUGCUAAUGGUGCUGACCUUAGCAUUCGAAAUAAGAAGGGUCAGUCGCCACUUGAUCUCUGUCCUGAUCCAAGUCUCUGCAAGGCACUGGCAAAGUGUCAUAAAGAAAAAGUCAGUGGUCAGGUGGGUUCUCGAAGUCCUUCUAUGAUUAGUAAUGAUUCUGAAACCUUAGAAGAGUGUAUGGUGUGCUCAGAUAUGAAGAGAGAUACUCUUUUUGGCCCAUGUGGACAUAUUGCUACCUGUUCUUUGUGUUCUCCACGAGUCAAGAAAUGCCUCAUCUGUAAAGAACAAGUUCAAUCCAGGACAAAGAUUGAAGAAUGUGUGGUAUGUUCUGACAAGAAAGCAGCUGUUCUUUUUCAGCCUUGCGGACACAUGUGUGCUUGUGAGAACUGUGCUAAUCUGAUGAAAAAGUGUGUGCAGUGUCGGGCAGUAGUUGAACGAAGAGUGCCCUUCAUCAUGUGUUGUGGAGGGAAAAGUUCAGAGGAUGCCACUGAUGAUAUCUCAAGUGGGAAUAUUCCGGUGUUACAAAAGGAUAAGGAUAACACCAACGUCAAUGCAGACGUGCAGAAGCUGCAGCAGCAGUUACAGGACAUUAAAGAGCAGACAAUGUGCCCUGUGUGUUUGGAUCGUCUGAAGAAUAUGAUUUUCCUUUGUGGCCAUGGAACGUGCCAGCUCUGUGGAGACCGAAUGAGUGAAUGUCCUAUUUGUCGAAAGGCUAUUGAACGAAGGAUUCUUUUGUAUUAACUUAAAAACUCAGUGUGUUUUGUUAGCUAAAGUAUUUGGUCAUGAGAUCUUAGUGAGCUAGUUGGAGGUUCUAAUGAAUUAAUUUUUAAUAUCAUAGUUUCUUUACUAGAGUGUUAUUAGACUGUAAAUGUACCAGAACAACAACAACAAAAACUCUACAAAACAGUGUUUGAAGCUGUGUUUUUUGGGUUUUUCCUUUCAAUCUGAAACAUCAAAUCCAUGUAAUUCAUAGGUGAUUUACCUUCGACUUCUAAGGGGGAAAAUCCUUUAAGGAUCUCCUGUUAUUUUUGUUUUUAUUGCAUUUUCUCUUAUAGUUUAUAAGUUUGUUAGACCUCAAAAGAUAUACUUCCUUAUGAUCAGCUGUCUUUCAAUUUAUCAUGAUUUUACACAGUGAGCUGAUAGAGGUACUCAGAAAAGUCAUGCAUCAAAUGAAAGGGGGAAGUCAAACCAUUAUGUCAUGUAUGUUAAACGAUAAAAUUAUAGUACAAGUUCUGCAUGGUUAAGGGAAUACUGAAGAGAGGAUUCUCUUUUUAAGACAACAAAGUUAUCAAGUGAUUGUUUCUAAAUUCUUAGAGUACAUGGAAAUAUAGAAUGAGAGAAUAUUAAGUUUGCAUUUAACUUAUUUUCUGGAUUCAAAGGAAAAUUGUUUAACUUGAAUCAACUUGCCAGUUUCAAAAUGACUGAUAGACAUGAAAAGGAAAAAUAAGCAAUAAUAGUGGGGAACUGAAAGGGGUGGGGGGAGUCAUCCAAUAAAAGAGCACCUAUUAACUGACUGUUAACGGUUGCCUUUCUUAUAUUAAUUUGUACACUGUUUUGUUCAGCCAGCUUUUAAAAAACUGUCUGUGGGAAGUGUGCCUCAGUUUCCCCAGUAGUUACUUAUCCAGGCUUGAUCUGACCAGUGAAAUGAUAUUGCCCUGUUUGGGUCUCUGAGGUUCAGUUUAGCUUCUCUAACGUGCUGAGUAGCAGUGAUCCGAGAAGGGAAAUCACUGUCCAAAGGCAGCGGUCCUUUCUCCUCCGUGUCUGUUAAUUCUGCCAGUGUUACUGAUUCUACCUUCAUCAUAGGCCUCGCUUCCAUUCUCUUUCAGACAGUAGAGCUUACUAUAAAGAACAGGGUCUCUCUUCAUACCUAACGGUGGGGAUGUUAUUUCAACUGCCAGCAAUAUCCAAGACCUAGUAAAUAACCAGUUGAUAGAUACUUACUUUAGAAAGAAUGACUAGGACAUUUACAGAAAUAUGUCUGAUUACCUGUGGUUUUGUUUUGUUUACUCUAGAACAUCUAAUUAUUUUUUCUCCUUAGAAUGAGUAAUCUUUCAGCAUCUAAAAUGAAUAUACACAUAAAUAAGUGUUUUGGGGUUCAUUACUGCUAGAUUAUAAAUAAAUAUAUAUUUAUAAUUAUAUAAAUAAUCAGCUGUUUACAAUAGUAUCUACUAUAUACUGUGUAUAAGUUAACUCCUAAGGAUAGUUAUCUUUUUUGUCAGUUUUUUCCCCUUUGAACCUGGUUCUUAUUUCAGUUUUCCUGCUGCAACAGCUAAAUUUGAAAGUACGAAUUCUCUAGCCCUCACAGCGUUGUAUUUCUGGCUAAUUAAUGGCUGCCGCCUCUGCAAGUCCUGGUGAGAACAAUGGUGUGCUUUGCUGCCUGGCUUUAUAGUCUCGGUAAUUCCGUAUCUGUGUUUAAGCUGAGUGGCUUAUUUAGAACAGUAAAAUUUUUAUAAAUUUUAAAUUUGAAAAUUUAUGUCGUCUCUACUCAGUUAUCUAAUAAUGAGCCACUGAGGCUGUUGAUUAAGCCAUAUUUUGAAGUUAUGAAAAGAUAGAAUAUCUGUCUGAUGAUGUUCACAUAAAGAGACAGACUGUUUUCUUUCAGAUCUGAAAACAAUGUAAGUCAGGGUUUUCUUUCUCUUCUACGCCAGAGGCUGCCCAUCUCUUUUCCAGUAGAUCAGCUUGUAAGGAGGGAACAUCUAGCUGACUCAUGCAUAGCUUGGCCAAACAGAGAAUUGUAUGGUCAGGAGCUUUACUUCACUUAAAUUCUUAUUGUCUGUCUUCUGAGCUGUAGUGCUUAAACUUAUAUCCCUAAAAGGCAGUUUCAUCUUCCAGACUAGUUUAUUUCCUCCAUACUAAAAAUAUAAUAACUUAUAAACUAUUACAAAAGUCAUAAAGUCACUAUAAUUAUAGUGCUUCUUUGUUUGUACCACAUUGAAAUUUGUCUAGUGAAAAGAAAAUGUUUCUCUAUUCAUGUUUUCAAGCACCUAAAAAAUUAUUUUAAACUUAUUUUCAGUUUGUGACAGAGAAUAAGAUUAAGAACUUAAUUGUUUAAUGACUUUGCUCUAACUCUGUGAAACUGCUACCUCAGCAGUACUUUCCCAAUUAGGAUGUUUCCUUGUCAUUAUCAUCUCUUUACCUUGUGCCUCAAAAGAGCUUUUUCUUUUCCUAGAUUCAUUUAAAAAAAACAAAAACUGACAUGCAUUCAUUCAAAAACAUAUUUAUUGGGCUUCAGGGGCAAGGUACACAACAAUGAAAAAAUUGUCAGCUUCUAAGCACAUACAGAAUUUAUCAUGCAGCCAUUGUAUAUUUGAAGUAUUCCCUUCAAAAAGAAGGGAUCUAAAGACACUGAUAACAUUUCUUCCUAAUGUUUUGGAAGACUUGUCAUUAAGUAGUAUUUGGAUUCCCUCUCUGUACCCCCUCACUCCUACCACAUUUUUUUUUCUUUUAUUCUUCUAACGUCAGCUCUGUUACCCAAAACAUAGAUACAACUUACCAGAUGGUGCUAUUCUAAUAGUUUUUCUUCACAUAAUUUAACAUUCUUACUGUUUAUACUAUAUACAUAUUUAAUUUUAUUGGGAGCAAGAAAGUUUUUCAAGAGAAGAUCAUUUUGUAUUAGUAUAGGAAUAUUAUAUUACACAGGUGUUUUAGUUUAGCUGGCCAAAUUAUUUGUGAUUUUAAACAUUGCAGAUUAACCAUCUAGCUCCCGAGGCAUAAAAUUAAUUGAUAAUGUUGAAAAUAACUUUCUUAAAUUUAUAUAUUUGAUGGCUUUAGCCUGUAAGAGCAUUUUAGCAUAUUGCAAUGCAUGCUGCUUAAGAUUUAUCCAAUUCAAAUUUCAGAGCUUUCUAGGUCAGUUUUACAUGGUAGAAAUAGACUGUCUAGUUAUGUGUUGCCCAAUUGCUGUUCUUUGUUUAUUAUGAGUUUUGGACCCUUUUGGACUAAGAAAUAUUUAACCUUACGAACUAGGACAGUUGGUGAUGGAGUUGGAUAGGGAGGAUGGCAGGGGUUGCAGUAAGUAAGAAAGAAAAGUCAGUUUCUGAGUUUAGAGAAAAAUAGGGAUCAUGUAGAUUUUAUCAAAGCAGUAAGUGUAGAGAGUAUAUUCAAUUGAAUGAAGGGUCUUUCAGGCAGUUUUUAGUGUAGUUUCAUUGAUAAUUGCUUUGGAAAUUGUAGACUUUAGAACAGCUUGCUUAAAAAAAAAAUCCGAAAGGAAAAGCAUUUAUCCACUUACCCUCUCAGAGUAUCUAAAAUAUUUAUAGGAAUAAUUUGUGUAAAAAUUGAAUUUUGGCAUAGAAGUUUUUGCAUUUUUAAAAUUGUGGUUAAAAACACAAACCAUAAAAUUUACUCUCCUAACAAGUUUUAAGCAUACAGUUGAGUAGUGUUAAGUAUAUUCACAUUGCUGUGAAACAGAUCUCCAGAACUUUCUCAUUUUGCAGAAUUGAAACUCUGUACCCAUUAAGCAACAACCCCCCUCUCCCUCCUCCAGUGGAAUAGAAUUUUGAUUAAGUAUAAAUCAAGAAACACCUGAAUUAUCUUAAGAGUUUGUUUGUGUUUGCAAGAUCUAAAGUGAUGGUAAAUAUCAAAUCUGAGGGAGACAGAAUUUCUCCCCUCCCUCCCAAUUAUCAUCAGUUGUAAUUGAGUAGGUUUUAAAUAUCUUUUAAUUAGAAGGGUUUGUUAUUUCAUUUUGAGCCAGAGGGGAGAAACACAUUUUAAACAUUAGAAUUAGGUUAGCUUUGAAUUUGUACUAAAUUGGGAAGGUAAUAGACAUUGGCAAAUUUUGCGUGCCUCUUUGUUGAAAAUGUCAGUUUUCUUUAAGUCUACUUGUAACUGUUUCAAAAUGUAUUUUUCUCUCAAAAAGGCAACCUAAUUUUAUUUGCUUGAAUAUUAUGAUAGGAAUGCUUACUGAUAUUACUUGAUAAUCAUGUAUAGCCUUGGAACUUUAACAUAUAUAUAAAACUAUAACAGUAUUAAUUAUAGUUGUACUUCUUCAAAACAUUAAAUUUGAAGAAAAACUAUUUAAUGCUGUCUCAUGUAUACAUUGCUUUGCUGCAGUGAGGGGGAAAAGUUUUUAGAUUGAGCCUCAAUUUGCUGAUAAAUGGUUUGUAGUGGGUGCAACUAGAGUAUAAAAAUAUUAACUAGUUAGUAGAACUGGUGGAUUAAAAUUGUAAGUUGCUACCUUGGAAUUUUCUACCUCUUUUUCUGUCAGAGUAUUAGUUUUCCAGCAUUUAUUCAUAUUUGUGACUAAGGAGGAGAUGGAAACCUGAGGUUAAAAUUGAGAUUUUUAUUUUGUUGAGGAAGCAGUAGGUACAAGAAAGGUGACUUGCCACAUCAAUUUGGUGCCUAAAUCCAUAACUACAAGUUACAAUUGACACAAAAUGUGUAAGAAAGAUAAUAUUGCUGAAUAUUUUACUUUUCUUGUGCAGUCUGUCUGAUUUUGUUUCAUAAACAUUACUUCUUUCCUCCAAAAAGCAAAAUGGUCUUGUAAUUUUCUAUACAAUAAACAAAUGUGCCAUUGUGUCUGAAAUCUGUAAUUUCAGGAAGCUAUUGAAAGUUCUGACUCAGGGCUUUUUAACAAUUUAAGCAAUUGUUAGCUAUAUUUUGGAAAAUCCAUCUACAUAAUUCUUCAGUGCCUUGAAGGAAUUAUUAACUUGGCAACACUACUAAAACUUUAUAGAAGGUGGUCUUUAGUGUGCGUUUAUCAUCAUACACACGUUCAUAAGUUGUACUUCUUAGCUCGUGUAAUAGCGAUCCUGCUUGUGUGCUGGGUUUGGGUAAUUCUUUAAAGGAAGUUUUCUUAGAUUUGCACUUGAUCAUUUGUUUUUUUUUUAAAUGGAUUAUUUAUGGCCAUGACACUGUUAACAGGAAAGUACUUCUAUGUUAAGUCAUUAUGCAAAGUCAUGUAUAAGUAGCACCUGGGAAGAGGAGCUAGAGUUCAUAGUUUGCUAUUUUAGUAUAAAAGGAGAAUCGGUUGGAAAACAGAUUGUCUUCACCUCAAAUGAAAAGAAGACCUUUUGUUCAAGUGAUUUGGUUUAAAAAAAAUUUUUUUUCAAAGAAAAUCGUGAAUUGCAUGACACUCUUAACGCUGGUCUUACUUAGACUGAGUCCACAAAAUUGAUUUUCUGUUCAAUAUGCUUGUGUCAUUCUAAAUAUAUUUAGCGAUAGAAGGCGGUUUAAUCGACUCAGCAGUGUUUUGUAUUUUUUCCAGUGUUUUUUAGUUUUCACUUGAUUAAAGUCUUGUUUGUGAAUAUAGUUUUUUGUAUGGCAAAUGAUUCCCGUUUAUUAGCUUUUGCUUAAAAAUGCUUAGCAAGAGCUAAGCUUUUAAAAAUGAAUGCAAACAUUUACCAUUAAUAAAGCCUGUGAUGUAUCAUUAUAUAA